GUGUUUACCCCGCAGCCGCCAGCCUCAGCACCGCCCCAGUCCGAGUGACGCCUCUGAAGGGGGAAAAGUUUUAAGAACAACAACAACAAAACAAACAAACAUCAGAGAAGAAGAAGAAACGUAAACAACGAUCGGAGUGUGACCAACAUGGCGGCGGUUGGGAGCGUCGGAACUUUGUCCCGGAGCUGUCUGUAACGCCAGGCCGGUCUGGGAGCCUCUGAGAGCGGGUAAGCGGCAUGAAGCAGCCCGGGCUGCGGACAUCAUGGCUGCUGUGACAUCCAACACCCGCACAAUCAUGACGGAUUCACCCGCAGAGUCGCGGCGCAGCGGCCGGGUCCCGGCUCCGGGCGGCGGCGGCAGGUCGGCGGAGACCUGGAAGAGGGACAUCGUCAGUCAGCUGAAGCACCGAGACCUGAGCCAGCACGCCAUGUUCCAGGACCUGAUCCGCUUCUACACUCAGCUGCUGGACAAAACCAGUCUGGCCAAAGGAAUUCUGAGCUGCUCUGUCAGACGUCCCUCCCCUGACCGCAGCAGCUCCAUUUCCUCUCUGCUUCACCACAACAACCAGCUGAAGAAAACUACAGGAGAGUUGGCCUAUCAGGUGGUGGAGCUGCAGCAGCAGAUUAAAACCAAGGAACGUGUUCUGGAGGAGCAACAUGCCAGACUGCUGGAGGAGGAGCAUCGGCUGGCGGGUGCGUUUGAUGCCCAUAAGGAGCUGCAGGAGCGGGUGGAGCAGGUUCAAGAGGAGAACAGGGCGUUGAAGAUGGAGUACGACGCCCUGCUGGAGCGACAGAAACAGGCAGAGACGAGACUCCGAGAAGAGAAAGUCAGAGGAGGACACCUGCUGGAGGACAUGAUCCAACUGAAGCAGCAGGCUGCCGCCCGCAUGAACAGCCGCAACCAACGCAAGUCCAGAGCUCGAGAACUUAACCUGCAGAAGGACCUGCAGACCGCAGCGAGGUCAAAGGUCAACAUAGACAGCUCUUACAGCGCUCCGACCUCCAGAUCCACAUCUCCCAAGAAUGAAAACCCGGAGUCCACCGAGAGACGACACACCAGGCUGUUCAGAUCAGCGUCGGCUUCGUCGCCGAGGAUCCUCACCUCCAUCAGAGAGCUGUUUGACAGGAAGAGGCGUGGCCACUCGGUCUGCAGUCUGGAGGAGGAUCUGAUGUGUCCUGUAGGAAUCUGUCUGUCAGCCCGAGUCCCCGUUAGAGCUCUGCAAGUCCUGGAGGCCCACGAGCAAGGCAUCAACGCAGUGAGGUUCAGCACCAGCUCAGGCCUGCUGGCCACCGGAGGAACAGACAGAGUGGUUAAACUGUGGGAGGUCCGGGCAGGUUCGCUGACCCACAGAGCGACGCUGGACGGCAGCACAGAGGGGAUCACCUGCAUCGAGUUCGACCCGACGGGUUUGCGGAUCCUCGCGGCUUCGUACGACAAAUCGGCCUUGUUGUGGCGGCUGGAUGACUCCGUUCCCAAGCUGACUCUGACAGGUCACAGCAGGAAGGUAACUGCAGCGAGGUUCAGUUCUCUUCACCAGGUGGUGACUGGCAGCGCAGACAGAACCAUCAGACUGUGGGACCUACAAAGAGCCGCCUGUGUGCAGGUAGUUGAAGUGGCGUCGUACUGCAGUGACCUGGUCUGUUCUGAGAACUGUAUCAUCAGUGGACACUAUGAUUGUAAGAUCAGAGUCUGGGACACCAGGACGGUCGGCUGUGUUCAAGAGCAUCCUGCUCAGGGUAAAGUCACCUCAUUGGACAUCAGCCCCGACCACCGUCAGCUGCUCAGCUGUUGCCGUGAUGACUGCCUCCAGCUGGUCGACCUGAGGAGGCGGAGCAACGACCGCGUGUGCUUCAGAGCCGAGGGCUUUAAAUGUGGCAGCGACAGCACCAAAGCUGUUAUCAGUCCAGACGGUUGCUACCUCGCAGUCGGAUCAGCAGACGGUGCAGUUUACAUCUGGAACGUCUCCACAGGCAACCUGGAGACCCGCCUACCUGACAAACACAGUUCGUCCAUCAGUGCCGUGUCCUGGUCUCUGUCCGGUGAAUAUGUCGUCAGCGUGGACAAGAGUCGGCUGGCCGUCCUCUGGAGUGACAUCUGAAACAGCCAAUCCACGAGGAGGUCACGUUGUUACAGCAACACAACACGCCUUACCUUUAAGAACCGAUCUGAGAGAUGUCAAAGGGAACACCAGUGUUUUGUUUUUGUUUUUUAAGCUAUUUGUCGAUUGGACCAACGGGAUGUGAAACUUUCUGCUCGGUGCCUGUUUCUGCAUUUGCUAACUCGGGAACAAUUAAUAAUUAAUAGACAAAAAAAAGGGAAGACACACUGGGCUUUUUUAAAAACUGUGUCAACUGUACAAAGGGAAACCUGCAACCAGAACAGCCAAACCUUCCUGUGAUAAAGAACAACUUUAUAAUGAGGCCAACAUGUCAUCAGGGUCAUCAUACAACACAUUACAAAGAUCAUUUAAAUAAGAGUUCAAAAUAUAUAAUAAAGGCAUCCAGUCAUAUACAUGCUCAUAGAUGUGGGAAUGCCGUCGUGUUCCCAAUAAUGGACACGAGAGACACCAUAAACAGGUGGAGGGCGUCUGUGAGGGAGACAUUUUUAGACAUUUUCUCACCUGGAAGUGAAAUAUCAACAUGUUUUAAUAUCAUGAGAUCUCGUCACACCCCAAGCUAAUAUGUAUGCGUUUAUACUUACACUUUUAAAGGAGUUAUAGCGGGUUUAAAUGUGGACAUUUUUGUCCUUAGGGAUUUAAAGGGAUUCAUAAGGGUUUAAAAGAAGAGAUUUAGCUUCCUUCUGGACAAUAACACAAUAACAAUAAUUAUCGCAAUAUAAUAAGGGCUUAAUUAUUUUAUUAAGAUGUUUAUUUUGUUGAGGAAAAAGGACCGAAAAAAGCUUUUACUUAAUUUUACUCGUGCAUAUUUGAUUUUAUCAUGAUUGUUUUGAAUGUUCUACCUCAGAUUUGUGAAGGGAUCCACAUCAAGUGUUCUGACCAUAAAGACGAGUUAAAACCACAGUUAACCAUCAGGUGUCUUCAACUUUCACUCAGGAGCAUAAAUCAGCAUUUAAACUCGAAAGAAACAAGGAUUUGAUAUCGUGAUAAUUAUCGAUAUCGAAAGAGAUGACGAUUUUUAUCGUGAUAACACUUUUUGGCCGUAUCGUCCAACCCUACUUCCUUCUCAUCUUAUUAAAAUGUUCUUUGUAAUGUGUGAAAUGUCCCCUCCAGAGGGGCAGUCACCUGUGUUCACUACCGGCCUGACGAGGACGAUACUCCAGAAGUUUUAUUUUGAAGGAGCGAUCAGGUCAGCGAGUUUAGCUCCUCCUUUUCUCAGAAAGAAAAUCUGUGAGGUCGUUCUGAUUGGAGGAGAAGUCGCUGAGCUGCUUUCAGACAAGAUCAGAUUUAGGUGGUUCUGGUCCUGAAGUCUGCAGCUCUGCGGUGGAUUCACAACUAAAAGGCCUCUGCUUUAACCCUUUGUUUGGCCUCUCGGGUCUGAAGAGAGAAAGUUCGCCGGCCGGAGGUUCUGAUGGAGGCUCAACUCGUGGACGAUCCGUGUCGUCUUUUAUGUUAAACUCCCUGAACAAACUCCUGCUUCCUGUGCUAAAGUUGCUCUAAAUGAUUAUUGGAACACAUGUUACAUUUAAUGGACAUUUCAAAACAGCCAAAAUAAAAUAAAAUACUAUUAAAUAAUUGAAAGGAGUAUAAAUAACUUAGGAGCCAUAUUUUGAUCUGAGUCCUUUUAGUACUGAUUACUUAUAUUCUCCUAAAUGUUUGUUAAAUAAGGAUCUGACCAACACGUUCUCACUCCCGACUCGUCACAUACUGACUCUUGGUCAAGGCACUUUGGCGUAAUAUUUAUACGUUUAAGGCUCCGUGGUCAAGUUAGCAACGCUUAGCAAGAAUAAAUAUGCAACGUCCGGUUAGACUUUCAAAAUAAAACGCUAGCAUUUUAAAAAAUAGGCAUUUUGAAAUGGCACAUUAU